AUGUCAGAGAACGAGACAUCGCCGUUGCUCUCGGCGCCCGCACAGGACCAUGUAAAUGCCCAAGAUCGCGACGAGUCCGCCGAGUCGGCACCGCUUCUUUCCAGCAGUUCCUAUACCCCGCGCUACGAUGGCGAACACGAUGAACCCGAACCCGAACGAGACGAUGCCGCUUCGACUCGGUCCCGCCGUUGUCAAUCGUCCUCUAUACGGUCCAGCAAGAAGAAGUCAAGAAGAUGGCCUUCCUUUAUCGCCAUGGGGAUUCUCGCUGUCAUGACUGUAAUCAUUAUAGUUCUCGCUUUCAUCGUGCCGGAAACCGUGCAAGAAUAUGCCCAACAGGCUGCUGUCAUUGAGCCCACCAACUUGUCUCUCGAUUCUAUCACCACCGACGGCGUUCGCGCCCGCAUACAGGCCAACUUUCGUCUUGAUGGAUCCAAAGUAGAAAAUGAUCAUGUGAGGAGAGUGGGCAAGGCCGCUACAUGGGUUGCGUAUAAGCUUGGGACCGAUCAGACCAAGGUGGAUGUCUACCUUCCCGACUACGAGAACAUACUGCUUGGGUCUGCCGUGGUUCCUCCUUUGGUUAUCAAGCUUCGGGAAGGCGACACGACGCAUUUCGAUUUUGUCACUGAAAUACAGCCGGGCAAUGUCGAGGGCAUACGUAUGAUCGCGAACGAAUGGCUAGAAGGGAGACUCGACGAACUGCGCCUCGAUGGAACGGCUGAUCUCAGUCUCAAAUCCGGCAUCAUACCGCUCGGGAAGCACACAGUGUCCGAGUCGCUGGUCUUUGAAGCGAACAAGAUUCCAGCGAUUCCAAAGUACAACAUCACUCGGUUCAACGUCAAGGACGGGCCAUUUGACGGCUCCAUGCUCGCAGAUGUGUCUCUAUCAGCUUUCAAUGAAUAUCCCGUGGAGCUCGACAUUCCCGAGCUCGCAUUCGAUAUUCUGGUUCCUGGAUGCGACAUAACUGACCCGUAUAUCCUAGUAGCGGAAGCAUCAACGGGUGAGAUUCACGUGGAACCUCACUCCGAUGUUGCUGCCGACGUAUAUGGUGUUAUCCGUGGACUGCCAGACUCCUUAACCCGUGCUUGUCCGCAUUCAAGCUCAUCGCCGCUAGAUAUGCUACUGAAGCAGUACAUGCACGGCGAUCCAGCUACAUUGUUCGUCCGUGGCAGCAGUCACCCUGAUGGCGAGACUCCUAAGUGGAUUGCCGAUAUUUUAUCCAGUAUCACCCUUCCUGUACCUUUCCCUGGACGGACGCUGGACGGCUUGAUCAGGAACUUCUCGUUGACUGAUGUCCACUUCACUCUGCCGGACCCCUUUGCCGACCCAGAUGACCCCGACUCCAACCCGAAAGUCUCGGGAAAUAUCCUAGUCACCGCUGGACUCCCCUCCGAGAUGAAUUUUGGUAUCAACGUUACCAAUGUUCGAGCCACAGCAAACGUUCUUUAUCAUAACCGCAAAAUGGGAGAAUUGGAUUUGCGCAAGUGGCAACAAGCAAAUUCAACUAGAGUUGAGGGGGAAAAGGACGAGGAACCCACUUUAAGAAUCGAAUCUCGAAUCAUUGAAGCACCACUGAAUGUGACGGACAGCGACGUGUUCAGCGAGCUUGUUCAGGCGUUGCUAUUUGGCGGAAAGCCGAUCCGCCUGGACGUCGAGGCGUUGGUCGACGUCAAGGUAGUAACGUCACUGGGGAAGCUCAUCGUGAAAGAGCUGCCUGCCGAGGGGAAGAUCCCAGUAAAACCUCUAGCCAAGGGCGCCAUUGGCAGUCUCAACCCCAAAGUCGGUUCUUUACGGAUUCUCGACACCACACCGGACUCAAUCACACUACAGGCAUUGGUCAACGUAACCAAUCCUACGCCAUACACUGCCCAUGUGCCAUUUGCCAACAUUCACAUUCUCAAGAAUGGUUCACUACUUGGAGACGCCACGGUGGAGAAUUUGGACAUCGUCAAGGGCCCUAACUCUCACGUACUCGUGACUGCGAAGUGGAAACCGUCGAUGGGCGGCACACUCGGCCCGCAGAUCGGGAAGGAUCUGAUUUCCCAGUACCUGUCGGGAUGGAACACAACGAUCACCGUAAAGGCCCAUCGAGAUAGCAUUCCUGGCCAGCCUCUUAUCUGCGAGGCGCUGUCACGUUUCAACAUGACGGUUGCCGCCCCGAAAAUGGAUCUUCCUGGGGAUACGUCCGACGAGAAAACUCACUUCAUCCGAGAUGCGACGUUCCAUUUCCUAUCAUCCACCGCCUCCUUCACCCUUGCGUCGCCCAUGCACUAUAAUACACUGUACGUAGACUUCGUCAACGCGACCGCACUCUACAACCACACGGAACCUAUGGGCAAGAUAAUUUAUGACCUACCGUUUUCGGCACCGCCCGGCGUGUCGCAGACACCCAGGCUUCCCGUCGAGUGGUCCCUGGACUCUGUUGGGUACGAUGCCGUCAGGAAGGCAAUUGGCGGCAGGCUUAAACUCGACGCCUAUGCUGACGUCGAUGUGCGGUUAGGAAACUGGAAGGAAUCACUAUGGUACCAAGGUAAAGGUAUCGGCGCCAAGGUUCAACUUUGA